CCCUAACCAAGAUUCACGUAUCACGAAACAGUGUGCCAGUGUCGUAUGUUUGAUGAAACGAGUAUCUGAACGAAUAACCUUAUCGUAUCAAUUAUAAGGAGUAACAGCGAUAAUGACAGAAAGGAUGAACCAGUUGGUAGACUACGCGGAACCCUGCACAUCGAACAGUGGAACAUGUAGGUUAUGCCUUCGCGUAGAAAAUCGUCUAAUAUCGAUCUUUGACGACGGAGAAACCUCGAAACAGUUGCGUUCUCGCAUUCGAGAUUGCUGCCCCAUAAGGCUGUUCGAAGACGACAGACUACCAAAGACGAUUUGCCGCGAAUGCGAAGGGAAGAUAGCCGUUACAUUCGAAUUUCGCGAACAAUGCAGAAGAUCGGACCGCGUCUUGAGAUUACGGUACGAAUCGUGCCGCGCAAACAAAUCAGUUUCUAUAAAUGAAUCCAAUUGGAAAAUCGGUUCGGAUCGCGGCAUUGGAAAGCCCGAAACGACCGACUCGAAAGCGCAAAGUACAUUCGAAAAAGAACAGGAAGAAAAUUCGAAUUCAACGCAUUUUUGGCGGAAAUCGGAAAUCGUAUGUGGCGAAGAUGCCAAAGCAGAUGGAAAGACGAUGGCGAGAUCGUCGCAACGUCAGCGUGUCGAACGAUGUCACGUUGAAGAAGGAAAAAGCAAAAACAACGAGAAAAAUCGUGUGUCGAAAGAAAGUGGUGGCGAUGGCGGUGGCGAUAACGUGUUUGACGUGCGAAGUUACGGUAAUACUGCGACGUCCAUGGCGAAGCAAGUACAGUAUCUAUGCGACAUUUGCAGUAAAACGUUUGCCUCGAAAUCUGGGCUGCGAUUUCACUUAAAAUCACAUGAUGCCGUAAAGUCCUAUCCUUGUCGAUACUGUGGUAAAAGAUUCGUGAUUCCCAGUUACGCGAAGAGGCACGAGAAAAUUCACGCGGGUGACAAACGGUUCGUCUGUCAGUUUUGUAGCGCGACGUUCGCCUCUUCGAACGGUUUAAAAUAUCACUUGAGACUACAUUCCGGCGAGGCAAAUUAUCAUUGUGAAAUUUGUGGCAAAUCUUUUUAUCGACAUAAAUAUUUAAAGGAACACGUAUUCACCCACACGGGAGAAAAACCAUAUGUUUGUAAGGCAUGUGGUGCUUCCUAUGCAAGUUCUGGCAGCUUGUUCGUUCAUAAGAAACGAUGUAAGAAUAAGUAGAAGAUAUAAGUAAAAUAAAUAAUAUAUAUAUAUAUGUCGGAGAUGAAAGGACACCGGAGCUUUUCCUUUGAAAUUUUGAGAAAAUUCUCUAAUACUUUAAACUAGAUUCUAUCAUAGGCGUAAUUAAGCAAUUGUUGCCAUUUAAUCCGAUUGUAUUUCUUCGAGAUUUGUGAUAGUGGGAUUGGGCUCGAGGUGACACAACUGGUAGCUGAACGUAGCCACGGUCACGGAAUGGACGUUUUGCCUGACGGAGGUGUGGAGUGGUUGUAUGGUUCUCCCUAGAAAUGUGGUUGUGGCGGCAUACGGCCUCGAGAACGGGCCUAGCCACGUGUGAUUUUGCCUUGGAUGUGUCAAUAUAAUGGAACUCACGUUGUAUUAAUAAUCAAACUCCAGGCAGAAACUGUUUAGCAACGGCGAUUGGAACUUUCUCGAUGCUUUCAACCAGUAUAUAAUAAACGAACGCAAUCGUAAAGAGAGGAAA